AUGGCAGUUAAAUUUUUGCGUGACUUUGGUAAAAAGGCCAUUGCACGCACCCAAGCCCUACCUUGCUAAUUCCCACUGGGGCCUAGGCUUCCGAUUUAUCUCAUAUCUCCCGAUCACUUCCGCUAAACAACGUAACAUCAAUCGGAGUUGGAAAGGUUAUAUCCAUCGAAGGUAUGCAGCUCUAAUAUCCUUGGAACAACCAGGUUUGACCGUUAGUUUGUGAUAGGAGUUUUGUCGAGGUGUCUGGGAGAAACAGGCCGCUGAAUUUUACACUAAAAGCUUGUUGUUUGCAAACGAAUUCGCGAGCGAUUUGCAAGCAGUUGCAACUUUUCGCGUACAAACUGCCGAUUGUAUUCCAGUCGUGUUUUUGUUUUUACUCGCAGCGCAGCAGGCCUAGGAUGUCACGAUUUCGUAGAACUUGAGUUUUGUCACCCGUGAUUGCAUAAACAAAGUAUAAUCGCCACAUUAGGUAUCACUCAUUGGUGUGCGUGAUCUUAUCAUGGUGUCAAAGCUUUUGCAAAUUCCUUGUUCGGCCCACCCUGACAAACAAUUUGGGUACGCCCAUAGGAGAUGCAAUGGCGUUUAGAGGUUCUUUAUAACCUCACUUUAGCCUUCCCCUUAAGUGUUUCAUUGACAGUUAUUAAUUGAAGGGUAAUUGUGUAGUUCUUAGCUAAGCACCACCUUGUUUGCUCUUAGCAACAUACCUCUGCAUACAGACGGGGGAGUGCUUUGCAUGUGUGACAAUUUUUAGUUGUUAUUUUGUAACUCUGCCUGUCCCUAUCCCCCCACGCACCCUGCAGGUCACCCCCCAAAUAAGAUAUAAAAGUGCAGGAAAGUCACAACUUUUUUUUUUACACAUUUUUUGAUGGAAAGGUGAGAAGACUAUUAUUCAAACAUAGGCUAGACUACCCUAAUAUUCCAUGUAUGGGCAUUUCUAAAACUGCCUUACUUACAGUAAAAGUAAUUUUUACUGAUUUCGAGGGCUGAUUUAUUUUAAUUCAUUUGGCAUAAGAGGGGAGAAGGCUAAUGGUGUUGUUGAAAUCAGUUAAGGUUGCACUCCCCCUUGUAAAUUUGCAUACUUUGCUCUCCAGUGUUCAUGUGUCUUUUAAAGUCUGUCCAGUUGCAACUCAAUAAUAAUGCAUUUUAUAUCCCUUUCACAGGCCUGAACAUGGCACAAUCUGAAAAUGCAAUUGACAUGAUCAUUGUACUUGGCUCACAUACAAAUGGAGAGGGGUCUUCCAGUGAUAUGAUGAAAUCCCGAGUAGAUCAAGCAGCUCAGAUAUAUACAUCAUUAAAAGAACAAAACAUUGAAUGCCGUGUUAUUAUGACUGGGUAUCAACGGCCAGAACAGGUAAUGGGCACCUGUAACUCAUGGUGCACUUUCCAUGAUGAAGUCGUGUAACAUUAGGGAGGCUCUGCCAGGGGGGGUCCCAUGUCGCCCAUCCGAAUUUUAAAAUGUCUCGUGUCGGUGUUUAUAAAUGCUUGUUGCUUAUUGUCGGCUUUGCUGUCACUGUCGCAAUUCGGCCAAGGGAGGUUGUCUCUUGUCGCGAUUUCCUUUUACAUGCUGUCGCUACUUUUUGGGCCAUGUUACUUGUCGGAAUUUACCCUGGCAGGGCCUCAUUAGGGGUAUAGAAUUGUUCCUUGAAAAAUGUGGGUCUCAGAAAAUUUAGGCCUGAUCUUGAAAUCUUGGAGGCAUUUACGAUGGGUCUCAUAGACUCAUUUUUGGGUGAUUUUGUGUCUCAGAGGCUCAAAUUUUUUUAAGUCUCGGUCUCGGUCUUGCAUUUACCAUUCUUUACCCCCAACAUUGGAGGCUGGUUUAUGUAAUUAUUAUGCUGCAAAAGAUAUACAAAAAACCUGAAUUAAAUACAGAGCAAUGCAAUCAUGAGAGCCCAAAUUUCAUGCCAUUGCUGCAGCUAAUUAAAAACAUGUCACCUCAUGCUUAUUGCAAGUGUAAAGUUUUUGUUGCUGUGCUUCAUUUGAAAUUUUUUUAAUCUUGGGGAUUGGUACUGUAAACUGCUGCUGACAAUUAUCCCUGGGCUUAUGCAUUUUUGUAAGGGGUUAAGAAGGGAUUAUAAACAGAGGGGCUUAUAUCAGAGGGGGGUUUUUAAUAAGCCAAACAGAAAAUGUGCUACAAAACAAGCUAAAGUAGUGCUGAUCAAAGUACCGUUUGCCUUCACUUUUUUAACCCUUUAAACCCUAAGAUCAAAGUUUGAAUUCUCAUUUGUUGCCCUAUUCAUUUCCUACAGAAGUAGUGGGGAGAAGUUGAUAAAAUAUCAAGAAAAUUCAUCUUGUGGGGGGUCUUAACUCUCCAGACAAAGCAUUGAUUUUUUGAUACUGAUCAGGGGCUUGAAGGGUGCCAUAGAUGCAAAUUCAUUUCAAUACAUUUAGAGGGGCCUAUAACUUGGGGCAGGGCUUUGAAGGGGCUUAUAAGCAGCAGUUAUGGUCAUGUUAGCUUUAAUUGCACCACUUCUUCUUAUUUUUCAAAUGCUCUACUGAUCUAACAUCAAUCAACAGACUGUAACAGAGGCUAGUGCAAUGGAAACAUAUGCAACUGAAAACAGCUUAAUAGAUAAAGAACACAUUAUCAAAGAGGAGCAGGCAACCACCACUGCAGAAAAUGCCUAUUACAGUCGCAUCAUUGUGGAUGACCAUGACGCAGUAAAUGUUCAUGUUGUAACAUCCCAGUUUCAUAUGGAGCGGGCAAAAAAUAUUUUUGAGAAGGUGAGUACCUGUAUUUAUUACAAUAAGGGCCCAACCUUGAAUUAGCGCCCAUCGUAAAAGCAGAAAAGGUUAAUAAGCGCUCAGCCUUGAAUAAGCUCCUACCCCCUCCCCCACCCACUCAAACUCAAAUAAGCGCCCACCACCACCCCACUCCCCUUCCCCCUCCCAGCCAAAAAAAAUUAAGUGCGUGAGAGUAGAAUUGACAUUACGAUGUCGGACAUAGAGGAAGCAGUGCCAGAGAACUGACUUGACUUGAGUGACAAUGAGGUUGAAAUAGACCUUUUUAAUGAUAUGGCAGCCAUUUUCAAAUUAUUAGAUUUAAGGAAUAUUAUGGGACGCCCAGGGGGUACUUGCUCAGUAUUUAUACACACUUUUCACGCAAAGAGAAAAUUUCACUUUAUAUUUCUCAGUAAAAAGGUGAUCAUUAUUUUAUCCAAACACGGCACAACGAUCUUUUUUUCCCAUUACAAUCUUUUUCUAGAAAAACUUAAAGAAAGAUUGGCCUGUAAAUCCUGGCGCGUAAAUCCUGGACGAGUAUGUCGGAUUGUGCUCAUGCCCCCUGGGCAUCCCAUAAUACUCCUUAAAUCUAAGUAAUUCAAUAGGAUAUUAGUACUAACCAGAGACUUCUCCAAAGACGGACUUUUCUUCAGAGUAUUUUACAGAAACCUUGCUUUGUUAUAUCCUCGUGUUUUGAUAUUACCGUUUAUCCUUUUGUUGCCAAAUAAACAUACUAAACUUGCUGAAAUGGUGAAACUUUAAUAAGCGCACAUUCUCAAGGUCCAAAACCUGAGUAAGCGCCUAGGGCGGUUAAUCAAAUAAAUACGGUACAAGACUUGCAGUGACCACUUUUUAGUCCCCUACAGCUGUAGAAAUGAAAACUAAACAAAAAGCAAAGUAAGAAGAAAAUGUGAAACUACGAAGAAAAAUUUGGAAAGUUAUAAUUUUCUUUGUUGUGUUCUGUGAAUGUAGCUGUCCCAGCCUUCCAUCUUUGCAGUUUGUUAUAUUUAACAAAACGUGAAAUUUUUAAAUGAAUCAAUAAUUUAUGUAUUGUUGCAAUAUUUGCUCCAAAAAUACUGACUUUGUUAGAACUAGUAAUAUAAGUGCACUUAAUUUAAUGCUGUUAAUUUGAUUUUAUGCCCUGCCAACUUCUCAAACAAUAAUAUUAUUUCUUUCAUCGUUUAUAUUACACAGUUGUACUCGCCGCAGGUUUAUAAUGUCAAAUUUUAUGACUGCACCCAUGAAAUGGAUGAUGAUGAAAAGAAAAAGAGAGAAAGCAGAGAAGAAAAAUAUUUCCCUUUGAUUGACGACCACAUCAAAAUGAUCAUGCCAAAACUCACUCUCCCUGAUGGCAAGAUGAUAGAAAUUCUUCAAUCAUCCCUGAUUCCAACAGACGUAUUUACUCAUGGCUUUACAAUGCGACAUGGUGGCGUUUCAACUUACGAGACCUUGUCGUCUCUAAACUUGGUGCAUAGUGACAAAAGGAGAGAUCUGUCCGUGAAUGUCCAAGAAAAUCGCCGUAGGCUGGCCCUCACAUGUCGCUUUGCCCCUGAUAAAUUCCGUGUAGCCAAGUGUGUUCAUGAAGCUAAUGUGUGGGUGGUUGGUGAUCAGGAACCAGACAGCUAUGAUGCCCUUGUUACAGAUAACAGUCAUGUGACUAUUGCAGCACCGGGUGCUGACUGUGUACCAGUUUUGUUUUGUGAUCCAGUAAAAAAGGUAUGCAAGACUAACUUAAGUUGUUUUGGUGUUGUUUGUUUGUAUUUUAAUUUAUUGCUAAUUUAAUGGAUACCAAAACUGAUAAGCCACUUUAUUGCCAUUAGGUUUGUGCUGCAGCUCAUUCAGGAUGGCGUGGCACUCUUGAAAUGAUAAGUGCAGCUGUAAUUGAGGUGAUGUUAACGAGAUUUGAGUGCAAAGUAAAGAACAUCCGAGUUGCUCUUGGACCCUCAAUUGGCCCUUGUUGCUUUGAGGUUGGUGAGGAUGUUGCUGAAAAGUUUUCCAAGGCAUUUGGUGAGAAGGUUGUGGUAAAAAGAGAGGGACAGCCCCUCCCUUUUGUUGAUCUGCGUCUUUCAAUCAGACUUCAGCUGGAGAACAAAGGAGUAAUGUCAAAAAAUAUUGAUGAUGGAACAGGGUGAGAAAAAUUAUGAGUUUUUCUUUUUGCAAGGAAAACAACCUAACAUUUAGCAGGGCUUUCCUGACACUAAAAGCUGACAGAGCUGGGGGCCAGGGAUUUGCCCCGGCUACAACAAACAUGACCCCCAGCUACUUUAAAAAAAAAAGAAAAGCCCUAUAACUGGCCAAUUCCCCACCUACCAACUGCGUGUACCUGGUGCCUCCAUGGUAGUUAAGAAAAGUAAGACAUUUUGUCAUAUGCCACCAUUAUGCAAUAUAAUCAAAUUGUAUCUCAAGAAGCAGCCAGAAGUGGCUCUCAGCUAUCAUCUUAUGUGACCCUUGAAUUUCUUCAUCCUUGUAAAGGGUACCACAAAGCUAUCAGAACAAGUUUUUAACCCUUAAAGUUGCACUAGUGACCCACAUCAGUUUUCUCCUAACAAUAUCCAUACACUGUCAAGAGAUAGGUUAUGAGAACAAAUAAAAUGAUCAUCAAAAAGAAAAUGCCCUGAUCUUUUAUCAAAUUCUCUUUACUAAUUCUGUAAGGAAAUGUAUAGAGAUCAGUUUUGGAGAAUUUGUGCCUGGUACCUGGGCUUAAAGGGUUAAAGGAAACAACAGAUGAAUCCAAACAUAAAAUCCUUUAAACAAUGAAUAAUUAUAGCAGGUAUGAUUCCAAGGGCCAAUGAAGUAUGUUUAUGAGAGCUUUGUGGUUUUAUUUAUAAAAGAUUCAGCAUGUAACCAUCCUUUUCGGGGGUGGGGGCAGGCACCCAGGUGGGGAGGCUCCACCCAAAAGGGGUACCGUUUUCAGUUUUCAGGUAUAUGGGGUAGGGAAGUCUGUCAUUUGAGUGUUUAAAAAGGCUCAAAAGGGCUGACAGAUGCAUUUUAUGGGUUGUGAAAAAGUAAAAAAGAAAAACCUUUUGGAUGUGUGGUUUAUUCAUUAAAGAUAGUGCAUCAACAGCAGUUUAAAGGGAUACAAAGUUCUAAACUAGGUAAGUGCAAGGGGUACCAUUUGUCAAUAGAAGGUAUAUGAAAGGGUCACCUUUUCGGUCAAAAAUGUUAUAUAGAAGGUUAAGGGGUUGGACCUCAGGGUGUAACUUCCCUGUAUAAUACUUUGUUGAGUACCCCCAGGGGAGGGGGGGGGGCAUCCGUAACCAAAUCACACAUAGAGCUGUUUACCUGCUUCUCAGCCCCAUGUGAUUACAUUACUUGAGGUGACUAUUUCAACUGCUUUUUUUUACAGUAUCACAGACGAAAAAGCAACCUCCCAACACCCAACACAGUGCACCAAGUGUGACGCAGAGCAAAGGUUCUUCUCACAUCGACGAGAUGGUCCACAGUUUGGAACACAAGUAGGAUUUAUCCGUCUCAAAGAUUUGGAACAUAAUGCAAAUUGUAGCAUUUUAUGAAUGAAAUCAUUCGCCGCAAGAGAAAAGGCCUUGUACUGCAGCUAUAUCUUUGGAAGACUCAAUAUUUUUUCUAGUUGAAAUAUACUUUUGUAACUGUUUAAUCAUGCAAGGUGUAACUCGAAACAGGGUCCUCUCAGUUUUUACAAAUUUAACUUCAUGGGUUACUUUCAAACCACAAGUUAUUAUUAUUAUUUUUCUUUGUUUGGAUCCUCUAAGCCCAGGGAGUUGAAUAUUUAUACCCUGAAAGGAGCCUAUUGCUCUGCUAAGAUGAGUUGGCUCAGUAAAAAUUAAAAAGUAAGGGUUUAUGCAUCAUUAUUGACAGAAAUGACAAUUUUGUCUAGAGACGUUAAUUCCUCCAACAAGCUCUAUUUUGACUUGUUAUCGUAAGUAAACCUCUUGGUUGAUUUUUUUUCAAAAUAGACUAUAUGAAGCAGUAAGCAUUGCCUUGUUAGCACCUUCCCCUUAAAACAAACUACAAUCUCAUCCCCAUGUUCUCUCUUCUUCCUGUCCAGAGUUUCUGAGAAAGACCCUGCAUGGUUGGAGCUGGUCGCAUGGCUUGAUGACAAAGCAAAACCCUGGGAGAGGUCCCUUUCUCCAAAACCUUUGUUCCUUCUUUUUUGUCCCUGUCCAAAUAGGGGUGGUUCAGUCUAUCUCACUUUUAAAGUAGUCUUCAUUUCACUAUAAUCACGAACCAAAGUGACAGGAACUCAACAUGAUCUGAAUGAACUGAGACAAGCCCCCAUGAUGAAAGUGCCGGAAAAUGAAAACAGGGAAAACUUUCACACUCAACCACCCGAGUAAAUCACCUGUUCCUUCAGUCCUCCUCUGUCAUCAUCUCCCAAAUUCAUAAAGUCAUGUUGGAACCAGUUCGGACCAGCGUCCCUCUCUCCCCCAAAAGUGUGUGGGAAGAAGAGAGAACCUGGGGAUCAGGUUGGUUAAGUAGUCAAAUCCAAUGUUUUGCAUCAAACCCCUUUAUAAAUGAAUGCAACUAAUGUAGGUAACUAGCCAGAUAGCUCGAGGCUAGAAAAAAUAAAUCGAGCCAGAUAAAAAAGUUAGUAGUUUGCUGGAACAACAUGCAAGUAAGAAAUAUUCUGAUCUGCUAUGCUAGUAUUGUCUGAUUUUUUGUUGACUGUGACUUUGUUUUUCAAAUAUUAUUCACUUCAAAUUUAAUUUGCCUAAAUUUUAUAAGUUUUGUAAAUGUCAGUAAACAGAAAUGCAAAAUGUCGUCAUGAAUGUUGUCCCUCAGGUAUGUAUAUGGUUUGGUAAAAAAUAUGAAAACUGUCAACUUAAGCCUUCCAAUAGGUUCCACCUAUUAUUCAUAAGUAUGCUCUUGUUCUUGUUCUCUCAACCUUGAAAUCAUUGAUCUCUUUAUCUGUUAUGUUUUCUUUACAAAGUAGCAUAUACUGAAGAACUGUGUUUUGCAUUCGUCUUAAGUUUUAAAAUUCUCAACUCUGAGACCACAUUGACAUUAAAAAGACAACUUUAAUCAAUUCAAAUACUAACAAUUUUUCAAACCUCUUCUGACUAAUAAUAUUAUAUUUACAGAAUAAUCUUCCCUCAAACAGCAACAAAGAUAAAUUCUGUAUCUGCCUCUUAAUGACACUAUAAAUUAUUGCACUAAAUGAAAACUGGAAAAAAGGUGUUUGUUUGACUUGCUGUUACACCUUAACCCUCUAACCCCAAAGAGUGACCAGAUUGGAUACUGCCAGAAACUCAUAAACCCUUAUGGGUUUCUGAUAGUGCUUAAUCAAACUACUUUUCACGAGAAGCUACGAAAUGAUAGUCAAAAGGUUUUGAUUGUGAAACACAUUUCCUCAUUAAGUACCAAAACAGUAUCAGGAUUAAUGUGUGGAGAAUAAGCUGGUGUUAGAGUGUUAAGAGCUCAUGCUGCCCAUAACUGUGUUUCCAAGGUUUCAGCAGUCCUAUGUUGGAACAGUAACGUGUUGAUGAUCAUUUAGUGGGACACUCAAUCAUUGCUGAAGACGUCAUGGUCAUUUUUGGAGAUGG